GUUGUUUUCGAAUUCGAUUCAUCCUCGUAGAUUUUAAUAAUUUGUACUGUGUUGUGAUUGUUCCCGAUGAAAAAAAGAGUAUAAAAUAAAUAUAUCUUGCGCAGUUUAAACAACGCCUCCACAUUAAAAUUUGGCUACACAUAAAGAAGGUCAAAACAGUAAAUGGCCGACAACCCAAAGGUGUAAAGGCUGAUGUUGUGUACAAUCUCUUUCCAUUUUCUUAUGCCAGACGAAAACUCCAUGGGAGUACAGUGAUGCAAGAGAACAAAAACUCAGCAGCAAAGAAUAGUGAUAAGUUAAACAAAGAUGUUUCUUUAAGUACAAGUGGUGAACCUGAUCGUGAUGGUGCAAGUGAUCAGGAAGAUCGUGGCAAAGAAUUCUUGAAGGCAUAUUUCUCCUCAGAUUCUUCUGACAAUUCAGCUUUAACUGCCUCACUUCUGGCUCAAGUUAGUGCAGAUGACCCGUCAGUGGCUGCAUCCCUUGGUUUACUUUAUGAUUAUUAUGUUCAAGAAUCUGCUCACUCGCCAACUUCACCAACCUCAGAAAGUGAGAAUGGGAAUGCUGGUAACAGUUCUUUAGCAGAUGUUUUGAAUCAUGAGAGUGUAACAGUUGUUCAGUCUGACGUAUCAGAAUUAAAACGCCGUAGUGAUGGAGAUCCACAAAGACGAGUGGUGAACAGACCGUCCCAAGGAAGAUCUUCAACUUCCACAUCAGUUGAGGCGUUAAGAUAUCCAAUAGUAAAGCAACAGACAAGCCCAUCAGAUUGCAGACGGAAAAGUGAAGGACAGUCAUCUGCUGUGAUAAGUUCUGUUUCACCCGCCUCGUCCAGCGAUAUUUCACCCAUCGUUCUUCGAAACGAGGGAUUUAAUUACACUUGUUAUGAUCCGCCAAUGAAACCACAAACACUCUUUGCAGCACAGGAAAAGUAUUGCUUUACACUUGAAGCUCCGCCAUCGAUAAUUCAAAGACGAGGCGAAGACUCGCUGACGUACCUAAAUAAAGGCCAGUUUUAUUCAAUAAAUUUCGAAGCAAAUCCCACGCAGUCGGACGGUGCUGAAAAUACUCAAGUCAAGUCAAUUUUACACCUGGUUUUUCGUGAUGAAAAAGAUCCGAAUGUUGAGAUCCAACAUUGGCGGUACUGGCAUGCUCAGCAAGCAAAUCCUCAGCAGAGGGCAUUUGAUAUCGAUCGUAAAUCCUGUGCAAAUAUAGAAGAUCAUGUCGAUGAAAUUGCCUACAACGCAGCUGCGUUUUACUGGGAUACGAAAGUCAAUGCUAAGAUUGUUUUGCGAAUGAACUGUCUCAGCACUGAUUUUUCCUCACAAAAAGGCGUAAAGGGCAUUCCGCUACAUCUUCAAAUUGAUACCUAUGAAGACGUUGGUGUCGCUGACGCAGAACCGAUACAUAGAGCAUUUUGUCAGAUCAAAAUAUUCCGAGAUAAAGGCGCAGAACGGAAGAACAAGGAUGAAUCAAAGAGUGCUGAGAAACGAAUGCAGAAGUUGAUGCAGAAGCAGAGCAGCUCGUUCUCAGAUUCGCCUUCCACGAUAUCUCCGUCCGUUUUUCAAGCGCCUGUUAAGAUCACAAAGUUAACACCAACGACACCACUAGGACCCAAACCAAUAUUGUUUAGUCCGACUGAGUGUUUUCCAAUAAACGAAGCGGCGCUUCAAAGCGCUACAUUUCUUCAUGCUGUAAAGGAAAACGAAAACAAGCGAAGAUUGAAAGCUUCUUUGGAUAUUGCUAAUGAUGAACUUGCUGAUCUUGAAUUUAUACCACGCAACAAAGCUCAAAGAGUUCAAAGACCUCCACGACCAGCGGUUACUAUUUACGUUAAGAAAGAAGAGGAAAAAGUUUACAAUGCAUUGAUGUUAGAUUCAUUUGGUGUUAUUGAUCUACGUGAAGCAGUUGCUCAGAAGUAUGACAUUCCGCCAGAAAUGAUAAAGGCUGUGUACAAGAAAACCAAGAAAGGUAUCUUGGUGAAUAUGGACGAUAGAAUGGUAGAACAAUUUGUUGACGAAGAUGACUUUAUUAUUAAGAUAGAUUUCGACAAUCAACUUGGUCAUUUUGAGCUUACCUUGUUUUACUGACGACUCGAUGUUCAAAUGCUUAGCUAUAUAUCGUAAAGUUUACAGGUGUAUAUAUAGAUCUGUUCAAAGAGCACGGCUGCCGUAAAGUUGUUUUCUUUUGGACCACUUGAAACAUUUAGAUAAUCAACAUAGAAUAUAUUCAUAUUUAACGAAGCUCAAUAGUUAGGCGUUGUCGUAGGUCUCUCAAAACGUCCAUUUUUUAACUCAUACAUGCUUAAAAUACGUGGUGGUUCCACAAGCGCAUAUACACGCCAAGGACGCCGGUCCUUUUCACAAGAUUUCGCUAACUGCAUGAGAUGUCUCGUCGCCAAUAUAUCGGGAUAUAGCGCGAUGAAUGUUUCCGUAUGUUCAUAUUACCAUGCAUGCAUGCGUUCAAUUAUUUUCAUAAACGCAGGAUCAAUAGAUUGCCAAAACGAUUUUA